UGUUUAUCAUCUGACUUUGUGAUGCAGAUGAAGAAUAUUCAUGUUUUCAGAAAUGAGAAUAUGAAUAUUAUACUCUUUUACACUUAUAAGUGUGAGACUCAUACACCUUUUACUCUGAUGUCAGAGAUCAUUCUGAUUGAAGAUGAUAAUAUCACUGAGACUACUCUCUUUCACUCUCAAGCUUCUUUCAUCACUUUCUCUUCCUUUUCUGUGAGGAAGAUUGUGUACACAUCAGAUUAUAAGUAUUCAGUCUCAGAUGACUUCUGCU